CAAAGCGGAUAUUUCAAUUUCCGAAGCUAUUAUCAUUAAAUUACAAAAUGUAUAGACUUUUAUUCAACACGGUGGAGGCCGUUCGUUUAUGAUAAGAUGUAUAAGAAUGUUAUUUGAUGUAUGUUUAAAGUUAUAACGCUUGUUUUAAUGUUUGCUAAGCAGUUGCUUUAUCGUGAGUUAGCCAGACAAGCUCUUCCUACAUCGGACAGUGGCCUUAACGCUAUUUACACUUUUAUAUUUGGAUGUUUCUCUCUUGACAAAACGAUGACUAGUCGGCGGUCGUAUUAAUUACUAUCAGUAACGUACAACGUUAGUCAUUCGCUUGCUACCUCUUUUUUUAUCUGGCAGUGCAUCAAAGAACAGUUAUGUCCAAAGGGGCCAAGGGAGGCUUCAUUGUGAAGUUUGUGGAAAGCAAAGCACAAAAAACAGAGAAUGCUGUCAAGGCUUACGAGGCCAUUUUGGAGCUGCAGUCUGACAAGUACUUGAAAACCAUCGAUGAAGAUGCAGUUUUACAGAUGGACCAGAAGGACAAGUCUCUGUUUGUCUUCAGCAGCUUCACCACUCCAGCCUUCAUGCACUGCAAAAAGCUUGGCUGCCGGGUGGUGAGUCCACUGGUGGUGUUGUACUGCCUGCAGCAGCAGCACUGCGUCCCCAAAGCAGAGGAGCCCGUCUAUAACAUGGCAAUGGCUGACAUCACUAUUUCCUGCACCAGCUUGGAUAAAGCAUCACGGGCAGCAGUGAUGGAUCUGGUGCAACUCAUGGGUGGACGAGUCUAUCUUGAUCUAAAUGUAUCGGUCACACACCUGAUAGCCGGCGAGGUGGGCAGCAAGAAAUACCUGGUAGCGGCCAGCCUGGGUAAACCCAUCCUGCUGGCUUCAUGGGUCAAUGCCUGCUGGGAGAAAUCUCAAAACAGUCUUUUCCGGUAUACAGACCUGCCCAUGGAGGACUACCUGUGCCCUGUGUUGUGUGGCUGCACUGUUUGUGUGACUGGCCUCUCCAGCACAGAGCGCAAAGAGGUGCAGCGGCUCUGUGAUCAGCAUGGAGCCAUCUACACCGGUCAGCUCAAAAUGAACGAGUGCACACACCUCAUCGUUAGUGAGCCAACGGGUCAGAAGUACGAGUGUGCAAGGAAGUGGAACGUGUAUUGCGUGUCUCUGCACUGGCUCUUUGACAGCAUCGAAAAGGGCUUUUGUCAAGACGAGAGCCGGUACACUGUGGAGCGUAACGCAUCAAAGACCACUCGACCGCACACUUCCACCCCCACUGGCACCAACAAGAAAUUGGAGGGUCCAUCUCUGCUGGGCUUGAGCCACAUCUCCGUGAAUGCUAGCAUGACAAUGAAUGACACCGUCACCAACGGCACCAUCAGCCGCCUGGAGGCUCCAGACCCCAUCGAUACUCUGGAUCUCACCGUCUGCCCGGCUGAUGAUAUACUGGAUGGCUGUAAGCUGUACCUGUGUGGCCUGCCAGGGAAGAAACUGGAGAAGCUGCGGCGUCUUGUGAACGUUGCAGGAGGUCUGCGCCUCAACCAGCCCAGUGAGGAACUCACACAUGUGGUCAUGGGAGAGCUGGACCAGGACCUCAAGACGUUUCUGUUCAAAGCAGCACAUCGACCCCAUGUGGUAACAGUGCAGUGGCUGCUGGACAGUUUCAACAAAGGCAGUCUGCUCCCAGAAGCGAGUUACCUCCACCCCGACUGUGUGCCCCCGUCCCCGGCUGCCGUCUCUGUGUCGGCCCGCCGCACUCCUUCCUCCCGGCAUUCAGAUGGCCCCCCUGCAGCCAGCCCCAGCACUCCCAUGCAAACCAGAGCAGAGGAAGAUAUGCUCUCUCAGUACAUGAAUGAUGACCCUACAUUCGUGGACAUGCCCCCACCAGCAGAGGGCAACAGCAGGAGGUCCGUCCGUACAUCUGCUGCCCAACCGUGGGCACCAGACCGCACCAGAGGACCAGAGCCAGACUCCACCCUGCAGGAAGCCAGCGAGGCGGGCCUGUUUUUUGGGAGACGUUUCCUACUCGUGGGCUUUGGCGCCGAGGCAGAGACCCAGCUCUCCAUGCUGGUGACAGAGAAUGGAGGCACGGUCCUGAUGGGCCGGACGCGUGUUGUGGCAGACUACGCCGUGGUCCCACUGUUGGGCUGUGCAGUGGAGGCCACAGUGGACGAGGUGGUCACUGACACCUGGCUGGCCAUGUGUGUGGAGAAGGAGUGUGUGCUGCAGCUGUGCUCCAACCCUUUGUUCACGCCCGUUCCUCUGAUGGACGGAUGUUUUCCCCUCAAAGAUUGCAUUCUCUCCGUCAGCCAGUUUACGGGAGCAGAGAGGGAGUCUUUGGUGGAGCUGGCCAAGCACCUUGGAGCCAAUGUCCAGGAUUACUUUGUGCGCCUGGCCAACCAGAAGAAAGGGAUGCUGGCCAGCACUCAUCUGGUGCUGCAGAGCCCCGAGGGCACAAAGUACCAAGCAGCCAAGAAAUGGGGGCUUCCAGCCGUCACCAUGCGCUGGAUCCUCGGCUCGGCUCGGACCGGCCGGAGGGCCGAGGAGGGGCGCUUCCUCGUCGACCUGCCUCCCUCACCAGAGAGGGAAGACGAGAGUUUUGUCGGUGGCUCCCAGAAGCCGACCAUGCCGCCGCCAGCAUGCCUGUCUCCAGAGAUCCCGUUGCUGGGUCUCCAGACCGGAAAGGUCGUCACUCCGCUGGACUUGGGUCGCCUCCGGAGCAAAGUGCUCCGCUCUGUGUUGGCUGAGAUGAGGCCCAAAGAGGACAUCAGCACCCCCAAAGAGAACCCGGAGGGCGGCGGAAAGAACCCCCCUCAGAACGAGGCCACCCUGCAGCUGGACACGCCGUCUCGUUUCCUGAGCAGAGACCAGCUCUUCAGGCCGUCUUUCAACUUUAAGGAUGCCCGAGGAGCGUUGGAGACUCCGGGGGGGGAAUCCAAACCAGGAGAGACGACGGAGACUCCACUGACCGACGUCAUCAACAGGAACCUGAAGGUGUCUCUGGCCAAUAGCACCCGGAAUAGCGCCUUAGAUAUGCAAGCCAUCACUGCCAGCCCCCAAUUUACCAAGACGGCUGAGAAGGAGGUCCCAGAAAAAGGAGCCAGCCCUCUGACCGGCGUUGUGAUCUAUGUGGGAAAGAAGCUGAGCAAGACGCAGAGCGAGCUCAACGCCGUCGCUGCCUCGCUCGGAGCCGACUUCAGGUGGGCUUGUGACGAUACUGUGACGCACUACAUCUACCAGGGCCGCGUGGGGGACAACACCCGGGAAUACAGAGGCGUGAAGGAGAGAGGGCUGCAUGUGGUGUCCCAAUACUGGCUGCAGGCGUGUGCGGAGCAACAGACGCGCGUCCCCGAGUCUCUGUACCCUUUCACCUACAACCCCAAGAUGAGCCUGACUCUCAGCCAGGUGCCCACCAGCUCCCAGAGGUCUUCACCUUUCACACGAUCCCAACUCAAAGACAUCACGGAGGCAAAGGACGACAAGUGUGGACACGUUGCCACAGAAGAAGCCACAGCAUUACGGCGAGUCAGCGAUGGGAGCGUCGAUAAAGACGACACGAGUGAAGCUGCGAACAGAAGCGAUGUUUCAGAGACUCUAGAAAUGAGAGAGAACCUGCAAAGACAGCUCCAGGAGAUCAUGUCCGCCACCAGGCUGACGACGGUGAGGCGGACCUCGGCCCGACUCAACAGGAUGGGGUCCGGAGGGGCCGACUCGGGCCCGCACACACCCGAUGGGAGCCGGAUCGGACGCUGCGGGAGCAGACGUACUCUGGAGGCUCUGAGGGUUCCCAGAGAAGCGGCUCUGGACAUCAACACAGAGCCUUCUCAGAGUGAGCAGAUAGUGUGGGACGACCCGACAGCCCGGGAGGAGAGGGCCAAGCUGGCUGAUAACUUGCAGUGGCCCGGUAGUCCAUCCCAAUACUCUAAGCCCUUCGCGCCUCCGCCUCCCAGUGCAGAAGACGGCCCCCAGUUCAGGGACUCCAUGACGGACUCUGAGCUGGUGGAGAUGGCUGCUUGUGACGUCAUCGACCAGCACAUGGGCCAGAGAGCCACAGCGGCUCCAUCUGAGGAGCGGGAACGUGACAUCCUGACUCCCAAAGCCCCCAGCAUCGCCUUCCCUCUGGCCAACCCCCCGGUGGCGCCGGAGCCACAGGAGCCGGAGGAAGAGAAGCAGCCGCCCCGAUUUCAGCUGUCCUCCCUCAGCCCACAGGAGCGCAUCGAUUACAGUCACCUCAUCGAGCAGCUCGGCGGCGUCGUCCUGGACAAGCAGUCUUUCGACUCCAGCUGCUCCCACAUCAUCGUCGGGACUCCUCUGCGCAACGAGAAGUACCUGGCAGCCAUGGCGGCGGGCAAAUGGAUCCUGCACCGCUCGUACCUGGAGGCCUGCCGCUCCGUGGACCGCUUCAUCCGGGAAGACGAGUACGAGUGGGGCAGCAGCUCCAUCCUGGACGCGCUGCCCUCCAUCACCUCCCAGCAGAGGAGGCUGGCGUUGGCUGCCAUGCGCUGGAGAAAAACCCUGCAGGGCCGCUCUGAGCAAGGGGGAGCCUUCAGUGGAUGGACGGUCAUGCUGAACAUCGACCAGAUCAGAGAAUCCGGCUUCAGGCGGUUGCUGCAGUCUGGCAGGGCGAAGGUCAUGCCGAGUCCCUCCCCGUCCUUGUACAAGGAGACCACUCACCUGUUUGCGGACUUCAGCCGGCUGAAGCCCGGAGACUUCAGAGUGGAUGUGUCGGAGGCGUCCGCCCACGGAGUCAACUGCUUGAAGCCCGAGUACAUCGCAGACUACCUCAUGCAGGAGACGAUCCCGGCCAUGGAGCUGUACUACCUGACUGACGCUCCCUCUGAAGACGCUCCGGACACUCCGUCACGUAAGCGCAAAGCAGCGGCGGAAAACUCCAGGCUGAAAAAGACACGUCUGAACUGAAAUGUUAAACUCCUAAAUAGUGUCUUUUUUGAAAUGCUGAUUUGUAAAUAUGAAUUUUUAUUGGUAAUGCUCACAAUAAACUAAGUGCAUUGCAGUCUGUGCAGUGGACUGUGAGACUGUAGCCAUGAUGGAUGACUUAAUGAAGGACUGAAAGAAGUGUCGAGUCACGUUUUGUAAUUGGGUGCAGUAACACUAUCUGGCCUGUAGAGGGCAGCACGUCUUCACUGUCUGACUCUGGCCUGUGUUCCAAGGGAAGGCACGUUUCUCAUGACUAUUACAAAUAAACAACUUUAUUUAUUU